AUGAUUUCGAUGAUGUCUUUUGCCGAGCUGCAAACGAGAAAUGAACCCGGAUCAAGAUGUAAACCGUGCUCUAAACGGACAUAUUUGCGCAACAAUUCCCUGAUCACGUCGAGUUCCUCGUGCUCCGAUGAGGCGUCGACAUCGAGUGAACACGAAGAUGAAGAUUUCCAUUCUGCAUCGAAACAUCCAACCGCAAUGGCUUUGGGUCGCCUCUUCGCUCCACACGAUUUCGAUAUUCUCGAAUCGCUCGGCGAGGGCUUCUUCAGCUAUGUGCACAAAGUGCGAGUCCGAAGCACAGGCGAAUUGUUGGUGUUGAAAGUGGCCAAGGGAGGGGAUACGAGACGAGGAGAGCACACAGCGAUUUGCAAAGAGAUGGCAAUGCUCAGAAGAGUCUCACAUCAAAAUGUGCUCGGAUUGAAGGGUGUAUGCAUCGAAAGGAGUAAAUAUGGUUGGGAUGUGCAUUUGUUGACGGAUUACUGUAGCGGUGGCUCGCUUCAACGCUUGAUCCUCGAUCAUCCUCGAGCGAUGAAAUGGUCUGAAAGGGUCUCCUAUGCAAUCGAUAUCUCGUCCGCAAUGGAAUACAUUCACUCGAAAGGAAUCAUUCAUCGAGAUCUCACGAGCAUGAAUGUUCUCCUUCAAAAUCUCCCCCAUGUCCUUUCGUGGAGUCGAGCUGUUGUCUCCGAUUUUGGACUCGCUUCGGAGAUACCGAAAGAUGCAGAGAAACUUCUACAAGUCGGCACUCCAUAUUUCAUGUCUCCGGAAUGUCUAAAAGAUGAGUUCUACGAUGAGCACAGUGAUAUUUUCUCAUUUGGAAUCAUUCUCUGUCAACUCAUCGCUCGUGUUGACGCCGAUCCGGAAGCUGGUCUCUAUCGAACAAACGAAUUCGGUCUGAACUAUGUUUUGUUCGCUUCGUAUUGCCCAUCGGAUACACCAAUCAAACUGAUCGAGCUGGCGUUUCGGUGUUGUUUGAUGAACCCAGCCCACCGUCCAUCGUUUUCUCGAAUCCGUCGUGAACUCCUCGAAAUGAACAUUCUGCGUCUUCCCUCGCCAAACAGUUUCCAGCGAAUUUGUGAUAAUGCAAAAAUUUCGAGAUCUCGAUCCGAUGCCGCUUUGAGGCGAGUCUCUUGCAAAACGAGAGCCAGCUUGCGAAAAAUGAACACAAUGAAGACACACUCGAUCAAUUCGGUCACUGAAGGCGUUUCGAUUUCUUUUGACUCCUCGCGAAUCUCAGCCGUAGAACAGUUGGCGAGCAAAUUCAUGUCCAGUUCGGGCACAUUGAACGAUUUCCAGAAUCCAUUUCUGAGCAAUGAAAGAUUUCGAGAGAGAAAACUCGUCGAUCCGCACCGUGAUCCAUCGCGGCGAUCAAAUGAAACGCGAGAUGAAGAAGAAAAUCACUCAUUUCUUCGGGGAAUCAUUAGAAGAUGUUCCUCUUUACCAUCGGGUAUCGAACAAAUGCAACCGUCAUCAUCAGAAGAUGAUCCAAUCGAAACAUACAAAGAACCGAUUGGACCGGGAGGGAUUCCGAUGGCUUUUCGACAAUAUGAUCUAAAUUUUCUCCGAGAGGCAAAAUCGAUGAAGCGUUUCCCGUCGAGACGCUCAAAAAUGUUGAAUACAAAAAGGGAUCAGAGAUCGACGAAAGAACAAGAAAAUGAGCAAAUGGAUAAUCAACGAGUCUCAUCUGGAUCACAAAGAAGCGAUUCUAACCGAUCAUUCGAUUCGUCGACGAAUGAUAUUUCUCCUCGAUCACAAACAUUUGACUGUCUUUUGCCCACGGAUGACUCAAAUUCGGUCUUUAAUAGCAAAGAGACUCAAGACGUCAUUCUACUCACAAAUCCGACAACCCCACCCUUUAAUGGAACGACAAAUUGUGCCAUCAUC